ACAUAUACUAACGUAAAAUAUUCAUAUAGUUUCUAACGGGACUUUGAAAAAAGUUACUUAAAUAAAGUGAAAGGCAUAUAGCAAAUCGGAUACUAACCGCUGCCCAUAAUGCUUUGCAUCUUCCAGCUGCUGUAGGGUUCACUUUUAUUUGAAACCGGUACACACCGUAUCUUCACCGGGUGGACGGAGACAGCACUUAGUAUUGACACAGUGUUCUAACAUCAAGUGCUGCAUCAUAUAUGGUUUAUGGUUAGGUGGAUUCAUUAUUUGAAUUUCUCUGUUCGCUGUGAAGCACGCUCGUCGCCCAUAUCCCCUGUCACAUGCCCUUUAUUUUAGCCACUUGAACUAUAUUCAAUCUGAGUACCCCGGUACUAAUAACGAGCGCAACUAAUAUCAGGAUUGAUUUCUUUUUUGGCACUAAUCCAUUUAUACUCGCUGUUUGUCAUUUCGUCCUUUCUCAUUUUAUAUUUAACUGGAUCAAACUAGCACAUUGGGUAUGUACGCAUAUGUUCCCUGUUACUGUCGCUAAGAAAUCACCGCUUUCUGUCUUCAUAUGCUACUGACCUUGCCUGUUUACAGCAGGUAGCUAACGUUAGCUCAGCGCUAACCUAUCCUCACCGUUAGCUAACUGUGUCUGAGAGUUCGCUUAGUGCUCGUGUUUCUUCUUAACUCACUCUGUUUUUGUCGCGUUUGUCAUGGAAGAUGAGGCCUUCACUGACAUUAAUGGCAAAGCAAUAUCUCUGGACUGUCAGAGUCACUCCAGCUUUUGCAGAGAGUUCACUGUCAGCUCCUCCAAAGUGUCCAUCGGUAAGGUGAUGGUGUACACUUGCUCUGUUUGGCUUUUAUCAUACGCCGUGUUCUUCUUCACUGAGAACACUGCUGUUCUGUCCAGUGCUAUAGUCAUCACCCUGGUUGGCAUGAUGCUGCACAUCCACUUUGUGAAGGUGGACCACGAAUCCCUGCUUGUCAUUGGGUCCUUAGGCAUUCAGGUGUCCUCCAACUACGCCUCAGGCCGCGAGACCACCACUUUCAUUGAGAUGAGCAAGAUCAAGGAUAUUGUCAUCAAUGAAGCAAUUUACAUGCAUCAGAUCAUUUACUACCUUUGUGUACUGCUCAAGGACCCUUCAGAACCUAAUGCAGUGUCAAGCGUUGUGCCAUUGUUCCAGAGUUCAAAGCCUAGGCUUAACUGCUUGGUGAAGGUUUACAAAAGCUGUCAGGAGAUUCUUUCAAAGUGCUGAUGACACACAUUCAUACAUGCAGCAUACUUUUUAUAUUUCUUUUUUUCAAGUCAUUUUCUUUUCAUUGAAUGGAAGCAGAAAGCAGGUAUCCCUCCCUCCAUCCAUCCAUUAGCUAUAACGUUUAUCCUUUGAGGGUUGGUUGUAUCAUAAUGACUCCAUGUUGUAGUUUGUUGUGUAGUUACUUGAAUAACUUAUAGCACUGGUUAUAGACUAUUGUUUAAACCUAAAGAGCCAAACUUUUUAACUGUCACUGUAUGAAAAUGAAUUAUAAACAGUUUUGCAUUUAAACUUGAAUUCACUAAUUAAUCCUAAUAAUUUUUCUGUAUUUUAC